CACCAGUCCCAUCAGUCAGUCAGUGUGUGCCAUUGGUGGCCUCAGCACCAGCAUCGGCAUCAGGCUCGGGUGCGGCAUCUUUGAUGCGAUUGUAGAGGUCGGGGUCGCCCGUGGCGAUGGCGCACACCUCCAGCACGUGGCGGGCUAUCGCGGGGACACCCACCUGACACACACACACACACAUAGACACAUCCACACAUAGACACAUACACCAUGGGAGGCGGAGGGACGCAACACACCAUAAUAGAUGCAGAUGCGUACGUACCAUGUGUUUGCACUGAGCGAAUAUGGUGGGGCCGCCUUGCCGCAUCUGAUUCGCCUCCCUGUCCAUCACCUACAUUCAUCCCAUCCACAACCCAUCUGCACUGCACAUGUGGCUGGCUGGUUGUCCCUCCCGACCCUCUGUCUGUCCACUCACCCCCAGAUCAGCCCCAACGGCUUCGGCGAGGUCCGUCUUGUUGAUGACGAGUAGGUCAGACUGGGUGAUGCCAGGGCCGCCUUUUCUUGGCACUUUGUCGCCGCCAGCCACGUCGAUGACGUAGAUGAUGAAGUCGGCCAGCUCGCGGCUGAAGUUGGCGGCGAGGUUGUCGCCGCCCGACUCGACGAUGACCAUGGCGGGGUGGUAGCACUCGGUCAGCUCCUUGACCGCCUGAAGGCAAAGCACACAUGUACACAUCACAUGGCUGGCUGGGAUGGACGCAACGCACUCAUUCAUUGCUGCCAGUGUCAGCCUACCUCCAUGUUGAGGGCAUAGUCUUCACGGAUCGCUGCGUGGGGGCACCCACCGGUCUCAACCUGAGAGAACGCAUGGCAUGGCGUGGCGUCACACACACCCUCCCUCCCUGGCUGCACACAUACGGCUCUCAUUCGUUCCUCCGGGAGCGCCUUGUUCUUGACGAGGAACUCCCAGUCCUCCCGCGUGAAGAUGUCGUUGGUCACCACGGCAAGGGACACCUGCUGCGACAGAUACCGACACAAAGCCAGCACCAGAGCUGCAACACACACACACACACACACACACACACAAUGCAGCCCGCUGUGUGGGUGGGUGCCGUGCAUGGUACGUGCCUGUUUUGCCCGACCCCACAGGUCCGCCGAUGCCCACGGUGAAGGCGCGUGCCGACCAGUCCCUCCUCGACAGAGGCCCGUCCCGGCUCAAAAACUCCCCAGGACCCUCCAUGUGCUCAUGCUGCACACAGCCAGCCAACCAAACACCACACGAGUCACGGAGAUCUGUAGAUCUCUCUUCCCCAAUGAGUCCGUACCUACCGUGUGUCCAUGUUCGUGUGAGUGGCUGUGCGCGUGGCCGUGGGUGUGGCUGUGGUUGUCGUCGGAGCCGUGAUGGUGGCCGUGGUCCAUCGACCCGCUUUGAAUGAAGGGCACCUGCGACCAGAGGAAGGAGGCGAUGAAUGAAUGGAUGCGGGUGAAGGUACCUCCGCCAUUCGACUCAUCCCUGCCGCUCACCUUGCCAUGGUCAUUGGCGGUCUGCAUCUGUUGUGUUCCUCU